UACACGGAUACAGUCCAGGCAUUGCUCAUGAUCGCCGGAGCACUGUGCCUCACAGGCAUCAGCCUCUUUAAAGUGGGAGGACUUGAAGGUGUAAGGACCAAGUACAUGCAGGCUACUCCGAACAUCACUGCCAUCAUGCUUUCUUCACCCAACCUGACAUAUUCUGAAUCUUGCUACCACCACCUCCACCCGAAGCCAGAUGCCCUGAAGAUACUUCGAGGCACGAGGGAUCCAGACCUGCCUUGGCCUGGUUUCUUACUGGGCCAGACUCCUGCUUCUAUUUGGUACUGGUGUGCUGAUCAAGUAAUUGUGCAACGUGUUCUGGCAGCAAAGAACAUUGCCCAUGCCAAAGGUUCUACUCUCAUGGCUGGCUUUCUGAAAAUACUUCCCAUGUUCAUUAUUGUCAUACCAGGGAUGAUUUCCAGGAUCUUCUUUCCUGAUGAGUUGGCCU